CUUUUCGGAGAUUGCAGCACUAUUCCCUGAAGCGAGCCUCCCCCCCAAAAAGCGAGCCCCCUCCCGAGCGCGAAGCUAGGGUUUCUAGCCGCCGCCACCGCUGCCGGCCCGCCGCCGCGGCGCGCCCAGCCGGCCGAAGCCUCCGCUGCCCCGCCCCCGGUACAGGAUCCCAGCAGCGCCUCCCUCCGUCAAGCAGCCGCUCCCACCAGCAGCGCCCCCCUCCCCGGAGCAGGCGCUCCCACCCAGCAACGCUGCCGACCGGAGCUACGCCGGCGACCAGUCCAUAGGCAGUUGGAACAGGGCAUCAACAUUGUCAAUUGGAGGGGCUUGGAACUGCUUCGGAAUCCACAGUAGAGCAAACACGAAGGAUAAUGGCUCAUCGUGGACACCUAGAUGGACUAAUGCGCCAUGGUGCAUUCUCUGGAGCCGGCCUCUCUGGCCGCCAGCCUUUGGAGCCUUCUCCUGCCACCAUACUGGAGAUCCUGGAAAACAAGCUUGCCGUGCAGACCGCAGAGGCAGAAAAACUUAUCCGAGAAAAUCAGCGAUUGGCAGAUAGCCAUGCAGCCUUGAGAAAGGAUAUUAUUGACACUGAGACAGAAAUGCAAAUGAUUCGCACCCACCUAGGUGAUGUCCAGGUAGAGACUGAUAUGCACAUGAGAGAUUUGGUGGAGAGAAUCAGAUUAAUGGAGGCAGACAUACAGGCUGGUGACGCAGUGAAGAAGGAACUUCACCAAGUGCAUAUGGAGGCAAAGCGACUUAUUACUGAAAGGCAGAUGCUUACUAAUGACUUAGAGGCUGCGACUAAAGAACUACAGAAGUACUCUGGUGACAAUAGUAACCUUACUGAAUUGGUUGCGGAGCUAGAUGGUCUACGGAAAGAGCAUCACAGUCUAAGAUCUGCCUUCGAGUAUGAGAAAAACACAAACAUCAAGCAAGUUGAGCAGAUGCGGACCAUGGAAAUGAACUUGAUAACCAUGACUAAAGAGGCGGACAAGUUACGAGCUGAUUUGGCAAAUGCUGCAAACAGAGCACAUGCAGCACAGGUUACACCUCCACAGCCUGGGACAGGACAAGCUGCAGCGGCUUCAGCAGCCACAAAUCCAUAUGCAAGUGCAUAUACCAGUCACCCCUCUGCAUAUCAGCAAGGAACUUCCCAAGCCGCGGCAUACCAGCAGGGAACUGCCCAAGCCGCGGCAUACCAGCAAGGAACUCCCCAAUCCGCGGCAUACCAGCAAGGAACCCCCCAAUCCGCGGCAUACCAGCAAGGAGCCCCCCAAUCCGCGGCAUACCAGCAAGGAGCCCCCCAAGCCGCGGCAUAUCAGCAAGGAGCCCCCCAAGCCGCAGCAUAUCAGCAAGGAGCCCCCCAAGCUGGAGCAUAUCAGCAAGGAGCCCCCCAAGCUGGAGCAUAUCAGCAAGGAGCCCCCCAAGCUGGAGCAUAUCAACAAGGGACAUACGGUUACCCAACAGCCUAUGAUUCUGCCACCGCUUACCAGCUGCAUGCUAAUGCGUAUGCUAGCUAUUCUGGCUAUCCAGUUGCAGGCUAUGCACAACCUAGCUAUCCUGGCACGUAUGCUGCACCUCAGCAGCACCCAGUAGCCAGUGGCGCGGCUACUGAUACCACAAGCGCGUACGGUGCCGCUGGCAGCACAGGAUAUCCUGCUGCACCGGUUCAGGCAAGCAGCGGGGCUGCUAACGCGGGGCAAGCGGCGCCGCCAGCUUCUUAUCCUGCAACAUAUGACCCAACCAAAGCAGCCCAGAGGUGAAGUCCGGGGUUGUAACCUGAAGACGGCCUGUGUGCCUGCAUAUUUUAUCAAAAAAUUCUCAGGCCUCUUAUUUCCUUCAUGUACAUUCAUUCACUCCCUGUAGCUUUAUGCACACCAUGGAGCCGCUGCAAGUUGCAGUUUAUGGUCUGAGUCUUGAAUUGAUCUGUAUCUCUUGUUUUGCUGGAUGGUUGAAUUGAUUGGCGCAGCUGUUGAUUAAUAUCAGGGAUGUUAGAAUGA